AUGCCUGCUCCUGGUGCUUGUCUCAACAUCAUUGAAGCUCGCCAAAAGCAGAGUGGAUAUGGAAGUGUGUCGCUCCCAAUCCAGUUCAACAAUCAGAACUACACAGAGCUGAAGCAGUACUGUCUCCAACACAACCUGCGCUUUGUGGAUAACAAGUUCCCCCCAAACCCGCACACUCUCGGCCAGGGGAUCCAGAGCGUGCUCCGAGCAGAUGAACUGCAGCGCCUGAAGUGGCGUAGACCCAUUAAACUGUGUCCAAAGCCCCGUCUGGCAGUUGAUGGGAUUUCCAGGUUUGACUUUGCCCAAGGAAAACUAGGUGACUGUUGGUUUCUCGCAUCUAUUGGAGCACUGACAUUUCAAGAUCACAUCUUUAAGAAGGUCGUCCCGCUCGAUCAGAACUUUGAAGACGACUACUGUGGAAUCUUUCAUUUUAGGUUUUGGAGAUUUGGGAAGUGGGUGGAUGUGGUGAUUGAUGACAAACUCCCCACUCUGGAUGGGGAACUAAUCUUUGUGCACUCCAAGCGCUCGGAUGAAUUCUGGCCUGCUUUGUUGGAGAAAGCCUACGCUAAAGUGUGUGGCUCCUACGCUGACAUGAAAGCAGGGGUCCCCGCUGAUGCCCUGGUGGACUUCACAGGAGGUAUUCACUUGUCCAUCCAGCUGUCAAAGCCUCCUCCAGACCUGUGGGAGCUCAUGUGCAGAGCAGGGACGUGCACUUCACUCAUGGGAUGUGGCACAGCACCCGGGGUAACCACCGUUCCCAGCGCUUUGGAGGUUGAAAGUCAAGGGAGAAGCAUCAGGUUGGUGCGUCUGUGGAACCCCUGGGGCCGAGUCGAGUGGGAAGGAGACUGGAGUGAUCGGUCUCCACUGUGGGGAACCGUGAGCUCCCAAGACCGUCACCUUGGCCAUUCAGUGGCUGAUGACGGAGAGUUCUGGAUGAGUCUAGAGGACUUCACACGCCUGUACGCUAAUCUGGACAUCUGCUCCCCGGGCCCCAAGUUCCUGGAUGGGACUCCGGGCAGUCACUGGGACAGCCAAGUGCAUGAGGGCAGAUGGGUGUCUGGCACCACUGCAGGCGGAUGCAGUAACAAUACAGACACCUAUUGGACUAAUCCUCAGUACCACAUUAAGCUUGACAGUGACAACAGUCUGGCAGAAGACGAGAAGAACAUUCUGGUGUCUCUGAUGCAGAAGUUAGAUAAAAAAAACAGGCGCCAGGUCCCCAACUUUCACAUCGGAUUUUCAGUAUUUGAGCUGAAGGAACAGUGCAGGGAAGCAAGCGGAAAGCUGCCAGCGUCUUUCUUCAGGAGCAACGCUCCCAUUUAUCAAACAAAGACAUUCUUGAAUUCUCGAGAAGUCAUGGAGUUUUUCACUCUGAAGCCUGGGGAAUACGUCAUCAUCCCGUCGACCUUCAGUCCCAAUGAAAGUGCCUCCUUCAUGCUGACCAUCUGCUCCAAAGCAAAGAUCCUCCAGCGAAACAACUCCUCUGACUUUCAACGUGAACAAAUAGAAAAGGUGAAGGCUGUCCCCAAUGCUCUUGAAGUUGAUAACUGCAAACAAAUAUUUCUGCAACACUGUGAUACGUGCGGAGAGGUGAAUGCUGAAGAAAUACAGAAACUUCUCAAUGAAAUUAUACUUGAGGGAUACACAAAGUCUGGAAUCUUCAGCAUUGACGCCUGUCGCAGUCUGGUGGCCCUCAUGGAUGAGAUUUUCUGUCGAACAGACGUUUCACAAACCCGAAGCCUGUCACUGCGUGAGCUGAGGAACGCUCUGUCUCUGUCAGGAACUAAAGUGAGCGACAGCAUGCUGAACCUGAUGGCUCUUCGUUACGGCGCCUCCUCUGGUCACAUGAGCCUCGAGAGCUUCAUCAGCCUGAGCCUGCGACUAGAGUGCAUGUCCAAAAUCUACCGGAAGUUGUCAAACGGGGACGCCAUGAUUCUGGGGGAAUCUGAUUGGAUGCAUCUGUGUAUGUACACAUGA